AUGGCUAUCGGAGUUGCAUUAGUAGGCGGAGGAAUCUGGGCUAAAGAAGAGCAUCUGCCAGCCGUGCUUGCAUCUGAGAAUUUUGAACUGAAGGCUAUCUACUCUCGGUCAUCAAAAUCUGCACAAGAUGUUGCCCAAGCUUCUGGAAAAGCUUUGGCCUUGUAUGCGGAGGACCUUGAGCAGAAAUAUGAAGACCUUCUUGGUGACAACAACAUUGAUGCAGUAAUUAUCGCUCUUCCUAUCGCCCAGCAGGCCUCUUUUGUUCGCAAGGCCCUUUCUGCUGGAAAGCACGUUCUGUCAGAGAAACCAGUCGCGGAAAAUGUAGCUGAAGCUAAUGAUUUGAUCAAAUGGUAUUAUGAGAAUAUCAAACCUGGUAAAAAGGCAACAUGGAGUGUUGCGGAAAAUAUUCGUUAUCUGAAUAGCUUUCGGCUUGCCCGGGAGAAAAUUCAACAGCUGGGGCCAGUACUGGGAUUCCGAGCCCGGGUGUACGGCAACAUCCAGCAGGAUGGGAAAUUUUUCAGUGAGGUGUCCCCAUUACUCACAGAGAGUGAUUCCUUGCAUACUAAUCAAUAUCUAGACACGGAAUGGAGAAAAGUACCGACCCACCAAGGCGGCUUCUUGCUUGAUGGUGGAGUUCAUCAUGCGGCCGCUCUGCGACUACUUCUUGGACCAGACACAUACGUCACUCACCUGGCUGCUUUCACGACACUGCUCAAAAGUUACCUACUCCCUGUUGACACUCUGGAUUCCAUUUUGAAAACAAACACAGGGGUCCAAGGAACUUUCCAGCUAUCCAAUGGGAAUCCUCUGGUGGGCCAUGAAUUCACAAUCGGCUGCGAGAAUGGAAGUGUUACCGUCUCGGAUUCACAAGUCACUGUAAGAACACUAGACGGAAAAGAGGAUAUACAAAUGGUCAAAGAUGAGCGCACUGGUGUCCCACCGGAGGUUCGAUCCUGGGGAGAGGCGCUAGCAAAGGGAACACAGAACCCUGAGCAGAGCCCAGAGCAGGGGCUGGCAGAUCUUGAACUUGUAAGCCUAGUGACUACCAUCUCAUGGAUUACCAAACUAACUAUCAAUAGCUUGAGUUAA